CCUUCACCCUCCCCUGCUGUCUAUCUCCUCACCCUCACUGUGUGACCUGUCAAUAAUUGAUGAUUCUCACUGACUCAAAGGGUAGCAGGUCCGGGAGAAAAUGUCUCACUCAUUUCUUUAUUUAUUUACACGCCUAUCUUUAAGCUCAGCCGGUCUGUGAAACUACCACAAGCGUCACUCGGGAUCGAUAGCGCGAAGCAGCGUGGAGCACCUGACCGUGUCCAUCUUACAGUUAGCGGCGGCGGCUGCACCUGUGACCACGAGCGGGUUAAUGCUGCCUGUCUGGCUGACAGCAGGACAGAGGCAGGAAAGGGAAGCUUAAAUGAGUGAAUGGCAGGGGGCAGAGGAGGAGGAAGAGGAGUGACAGAAUGAUAAAGUGAAUUAAUUCAACCUUAGCCAGCCCUGAUUGACUCAGCACCAAACUGGCAUGUACAAACAUUCACAGUGAUACCAAAGGCAUGGAGAGAGAAAAGAGGAAUGAUAUGUCCUACUCUAGAAAGAGAAGUUUCACUUUUGGGGCAUAUGGCAGUGUGGAUAGAUUCACAUGUGGGGAUGAGACGGGACCUGAAUUCGUGCAGGACAAAAGUCUGGACACCCUGGAUUCUCCUACCAGUGAGCGCAAGCCUUUCCGUUCUUCCAGCAGCAACCAGAAGGAAUCAGAGCUGUUUGAAAUCAUUGAGAAGCUGCAGGGCAGCAGGAUCGAUGAGCAACGAUGUGAAUUCCCCCUUCCUCUCAAGUCUCCACUUUCUACAACUGGGAGAGAGCUGCCGCUUAUCCUUCCUUCGAAACUGGGAGGCUAUUGGAUAGACCCCCCUCUGGACAGACUGGUAGAUGUGAGUCCCACCUCUUCCCAUUAUGCCGUUGACCCAGAGAGCUAUGACAUCAUGGAGAGAGACGGUGAGGCCAAAAUCUAUCACGAGUUCUUCCGCUCACGAUACCAUCACUCUUUCACAGCAGUGGAUCCAACUUUGGGCUCGCUGGUUCUCUCUGUGUGUUUGGAGGAAGAGGAGAAUAGGCUCAGGGUGAUUCUAAGGAUGAAGGAGUGUUCUCUGCAUGGAGUCUUCUCUGUGUCUCUUUUCCCCACCCUGCCAUCUGCAGUUGAAUUAGCAAAGAUGCUUUGUGACCGAGUGACUGCCUCAAAGUUUGACGUGGUCUGCUACCUGAAGGCUCCAGAACUUAUAACCACAUUUGAUGAACACAGAGUUUCUCCUAAUUUCAAGUUUGGUGUUUUGUGCCAAAAGGACAGGCAGCUCACUGAGGAAGACAUACUGGGUAACAAUGAGGAAAGUGAGGAGUUUAAAGAGUUCCUGUCUAUUCUGGGAGAGACGGUUCAGCUGCAAGGAUUCACGGGCUUUAGAGGAGGACUGGAUGUGUGUCAUGGUCAGACAGGAAGUGAAGCAGUCUACACUUCCUUUCAUGGGAGAGAAAUCAUGUUUCAUGUCGCAACUAAACUGCCUUACACAGAGGGUGACCCACAGCAGCUACAAAGAAAAAGGCACAUCGGUAAUGACAUCGUAGCUUUGGUCUGCCAGGAGGGCCAAACCCCCUUUCUGUCUGAUGUUAUCAAGUCUCACUUCCUUCACUGUUUUAUUGUCGUCCGGAGGAUUCAGAGGCAAGAGGAAACAGGUGGAGCAGCAUAUCAAGUGUCUGUCACGGCAAGAGAAGAUGUUCCUCCCUUUGGUCCAGUGCUUCCAGAUCCCCCUGUCUUUACAGAUCAUUCAAAGUUCAGAGAGUUUCUGCUGGCUAAACUCAUUAACGCUGAGAUAUCCUGCUAUAAGGCUGAGCAGUUCAGCAGACUGGAGCUCCGCACUCGUUCAUCACUCCUGGAGAACUUGCAGGCUGAACUCUUCACCCGUUCCCAGUGCAUGAUGGGGGAUCAAUCACUGAUUGCUGUCCCCACUUCAGAGGGCCUGCGGGGGCCAUCUGAAGGAAGUGGGGGAUUUAUUGAAAACUUUAAGAGAGCCAUCAGAGUGCGGAGCCAUUCUUUUGAGAAUCUGGGGGUCCCCAGGAAGAAUGCUAGCAGCACAUCGCAGAAGGCUAAGACAGAGAAAGAUGGAGAUAGUGACAAAUCUUCAGGACCUCUGCCUGCUCCCACUGACAGUUUGGGGGCAGCUGAACUCAAAGAUCAAACAAGUCCUCAAGAGGAGAUAUAAAAGCAAAAAUGUACUUGUAGAUUUUAGACAUGAAUAUAGACAUUGCUGGCCUGUAUGGUUAGACUUUAAAAUCCUGGUGGAUGACCUGUAUGUAAAUAGACUGUAAAAGUAAAUAGUUCUGAAUGCAUAAAAUAUAAUUAUAUGACUGUUAUAGGAGUGAUAUUCUAGAUUCAUGAGAAUCGUUAAAUUUAAAUGUUUUGACUUAAAACAGAUGACAAGAGUUUAAAUGAUAAGACAAUAUCAGGUUUAUGCCAGAGACUGAAUUUGCAGGAAGGCAACACGAUAUAAUGAAUUAAAUUAAAACUGAACAUAAAA